AUGGCCGGAAACCUCACCAAGUUUGGCAAUCAGCUGAGGCAGAAAGAAAAGCUGGAUAGAGUCGCAGAAUUAAAAGGCACAAAGCAGACAGCAACGUGUUCAGCUGCUAGCACAUCAUCUCAUCCUGUCAAGAGAAAAACUAUUGACACAGAAAAUACAGACUUGAAGAGAGUGAAAGGUGAAGACGAAAAGCCGCAUACCUCUACAUCUGGGCUACCAGCAGAUUUCUUUGAUGAAACACAGCAAGAUAGUGCAAAUGAACAGCUUUCAAAGGGUCCAGGUCCCAGUUUAUUGUCAGGAAAUUACGAUGAUGACGACGAUGAAGAAGAAGAGGUACCAGAUGAAUCAAACAAAUCUUCUGUUAUGCAUAAAACUGAAAUUCCACCUCCAACUCAAGAAGCAAUAGCUGAUUCUCUGCCUGCAGACUUCUUUGACAGCAAAACUACAGCUGCUCCUAUAGUUUCCCAUUCAGGAUCCAUACAGAAAGCAGAGAUACAAGAGAAGAUAGUGGAAAGGAAAGAAAACACUGCUGAAGCUUUGCCAGAAGGUUUCUUUGAUGAUCCUGAAGUGGAUGCAAAAGUGCGGAAAGUUGAUGCUCCAAAGGAUCAGAUGGACAAAGAAUGGGAUGAAUUUCAAAAGGCAAUGCGACAGGUCAACACAAUUUCAGAAGCAAUAGUGGCAGAAGAGGAUGAGGAGGGACGACUAGAUCGUCAGAUUGGAGAAAUUGACGAGCAGAUUGAAUGUUACCGCCGUGUUGAGCUUUUGCGUAACCGCCAGGAUCUGAUGAAGGAGAAGUUAAAGGAAGCCAUGAGAUUAAGAGCAGCACAAGAGAAAGAGGAUGAGGCUAUUGGUAGCGAAGAUGAAGAAGAAUUGCAGGAUUUGCUGUCUCAAGACUGGCGGGUGAAAGGGACUUUGUUGUAGCACUUCUGCAACGUGACUGAUAUACUUGUUAUCUGUGAUGUUACUUCCAUUCUUAGAAGUGGGAUGCUUUUGUUAAAUAUUUAUUUAAAAAGGAUCGUGAGAUGGUAAAGAGCCAAAUGUAUUAAAAAAAUAAUCUUUGUAGAUCUACAAUGGUGUAUUACUUGCUGUAAAAACUGUAUAUUGCAAAUGUUUUACAAUAUUGAAUGUACCUUUCCUAUUAAAAUUAUUAGUUUCCUAC